GAGGCUUGAAGAUCAAGUCUUCUUGUGAAAGAGACCUGGGUCUGAACGCUGAUGUUUUCUUGUCCUCUAACCUGGUGCGCUACCCCCGUCUGCAGGGCAACACGCCAGACGUCCUGUACCGCAGAGCACUAAUCAUCCAGAGGUUCAUCUGUCUCCUGGACAAUGUGCUCCCUCACUUGGUACCGGCCUGGGACUAUAGUCUGGGCACCUUCAACCAGAUCAAAAGUAUAAAGCAGUUCCUGCUGCUGUCCAAAUGCCGCUCAGCCCUCAUCACUCAGUGCCUGAAGGACUCAGAGACCAAUAAGCCAAACUUCAUGCCCCGACUCUACAUCAACAGACGUCUGGCCAUGGAGCACAGAGACAACCCCUCUCUGGACGCCAGCUGCAAGAACGCUGUGUUCAGUCAGGUGUAUGAAGGCCUCAAGCCAUCAGACAAAUUUGAGAAGACUUUGGAUUAUAGAUGGCCCGCUCGGUAUGACCAGUGGUGGGAAUGUAAGUUCAUCGCAGAGGGAAUCAUUGACCAGGGCGGUGGAUUUCGGGACAGCCUGGCUGACAUGUCUGAGGAGCUUUGCCCCAGCUCAGCUGAGUGUCCCAUGCCUCUGCCAUUCUUCAGCCGUACCUCCAACCAGGGCUCCUUAGAGGCCAGAGAUUACUACGUCCCCAAUCCAUCCUGUAAAGAGUUCCAUAAGUAUGAGUGGAUAGGUCAGCUCAUGGGAGCUGCUCUCAGAGGAAAAGACUUCUUGGUCUUGGCUCUGCCCGGGCUGGUGUGGAAGCAGCUGACUGGGGAGGCUGUCAGCUGGAGUAAGGAUUUCCCAGCUGUAGACUCUGUGCUGGUGAACCUGCUGGAGGCCAUAGAGAACAUGGACCAGGAGACGUAUGAGUUCAGGUUUGGUGACGAGCUGGUGUACACCAGCCUGCUGAGCGACGGCCAGAUGGUGGAGCUCAUUCCCGGUGGCAGUAAUGUGGCCGUUUGUUACGAGGACCGCAGCGAGUUUGUCCGGCUGGUGCAGAAGGCUCGGCUAGAGGAGAGCAGGCAGCAGAUUGCAGCCAUGCAGGCGGGGCUGCUAAAGGUGGUUCCUCAGGCGGUGCUGGACCUGCUCACCUGGCAGGAAGUAGAGAAGAAAGUGUGUGGAGACCCAGAGAUCAGUGUGGAGGCCCUGAAACGACUCAGUGAGUGUCUAUGA